UCUAAUUUAAUAAGGUUUUGAAGUAGCGACAUACAAUAGCAAUAGAGCAAACACAUUAUUAUAUAAUUGGGCUUUGGCCUUAUUGUUACCAAGAUCUAAUCCCUUGUGACGACUUCCCUAUGUGACAAGUAGCUGCAGGCUCUCAUAUUUGUAUCGUUUUGAUCUCAUACACAUUGAAAUAAUAAUCCAUUGUACAUGCUUUAAAAAAUGCACAAAGAAAUGUCAUUGUGAGUAAACGUUUGUGCACAGUGUUCAAGUGUAGGAUUGUGAUGCCAGGAAUCUCUUUUGAAACUGGAGUCGUGCUGUUUCCAAGCUUUUCAGUGAUGUCGUGCAACUGAAAACAGAGGGUGUAGAGGUUCGCUAAUCUGCUUCUACCUGUGACAUGCAGGGUAGGAUACUGACCUCGUGUGCUGCUUGGAUGUGUGUGUUUCUGUUUGCUAAUGUUAUGAAGCAUUUUUACCGAAUGUGUGUGAUGUCAACAGUGAAAGGAGGUUAUGAAAUACUCAUCUUGAAGUUGAGCAAGUCUAGGCAAAGCUGCUUGGUUAAACCUGUCUGUUUAUGCAACUGUUUUUUUGGAGAUAUUGUGAGGAACAAUGAUUUUUUUAAAAGAUUAAUGUGUUGCCUUACCCAACAGAUUUGAUUUGAAAAGUCCUUUUUGUGCACCUGCAUGCUGUACAACGACAUUUGAUUCGUAAAAUGCCAACAAAAUGCAGAAGCAAGUGGAGAUCAGAAUGCAUGAGAAUCAUCUGGAUACUCCUUCACCACCUGAGAAAUCCUCGUGUGGAAUCUGUGACAAACUCAUGAAGAACCUGCUUCUAACGCUCACAAUUCUUGGCGUGAUUACAGGCUCAGUAGCUGGUACUCUACUGCGGUACGCACCCCCACUUCCCCCUGAUGUCAUUAUGAUCAUUGCCUUUCCUGGUGAUAUUCUUAUGAGGAUGUUAAAAAUGCUGAUUUUGCCUCUGAUCAUCUCAAGUUUGAUCACAGGAUUAGCAGGGUUGGAUUCAAAAUCCAGUGGCCGUCUAGGCACAAGGGCCAUGGUUUACUACAUGUCUACCACCAUCAUUGCAGCCGUGUUGGGGGUCAUCUUGGUGCUGCUCAUCCACCCUGGAAAUCCCAAACUAAAGGCAAACCUAGGAGAAGGGAAAAAGAAUGACGAGGUGUCCAGUUUAGAUGCCUUCUUUGAUCUCAUCAGAAAUCUGUUUCCAGAAAAUCUUGUUCAGGCUUGCUUUCAGCAGAUCCAGACUGUUACUAACAAGGUAGAAGUAACUCCUCCACAUCCAACUCGGUUUGGACGAAAUGCCACCAAGGGUGCAGCCAAAUAUGUGAUCAAGAAGUCGCUUCAAUUCAAGAGUGGCAUGAAUGUGUUAGGUAUUAUUGGGUUCUUUGUGGCAUUUGGGAUUUGCAUGGGAAAGAUGGGAGAAAAAGCCAAGAUGAUGCUUGAGUUCUUCAACGUCCUCAAUGAAAUUGUUAUGAGGCUUGUCGGCAUGAUCAUGUGGUAUUCCCCCGUUGGUAUUGCAUGUCUGAUCUGUGGGAAGAUUAUUUCAAUUAAUGAUCUGGAGAUGGUGGCCAGGCAGCUGGGAAUGUACAUGGUCACCGUCAUCGUUGGACUUUUCAUUCAUGGCGCCAUAUUCCUACCGACCAUAUAUUUUGUUAUUGUUCGGAAAAACCCAUUUUCAUUCUUUAUGGGAAUUUUCCAGGCCUGGGUCACUGCUUUGGGAACAGCCUCUAGUGCUGGCACAUUACCUGUAACUUUUCGCUGUCUGGAGGAAAACCUUGGCAUCGACAAGAGAGUGACCCGUUUUGUACUACCUGUUGGAGCAACAAUCAACAUGGACGGUACAGCACUUUAUGAGGCCGUGGCGGCCAUCUUUAUUGCCCAGAUGAAUGGAAUAGAGCUUGAUUCCGGCCAGAUUGUUACAGUCAGUCUUACAGCAACUCUUGCAAGUGUAGGAGCAGCCAGUAUUCCCAGUGCUGGACUGGUGACUAUGCUUCUGAUUUUAACUGCUGUGGGAUUACCAACUCAAGACAUCAGUUUACUAGUCGCAGUCGACUGGUUACUGGAUCGUUUUCGAACAUCAGUCAAUGUUGUCGGUGAUUCGUAUGGAGCGGGUAUCGUGUACCACCUCUCCAAAGAUGAGCUUGACAUGUUCGAUGCCCUGCAGCUGAGGACAGAUGACUUUGAGAUGGCAAAGACACAAUCCUAUUUUGAGAAUAACUCUAACCAUGGUGUACAUGUGUCUCACAACUCCUAUCAACAGGUCCAAAUAGAUGACUGCAAGUCUUUCAGCAUUCUUUAAGGAAUCCCGCUGCAGCUUAGUUGGUCUUUCUUGUGGUAACCUUGGCCUCAAAUGGCUCCCCUGUCGAGUUUUCACUUGUUGAGGAGGAACCAUGGAUUCAAGAGUAACACAGCACACAGAUCCAGCUCCGCCUUAUCCUGAGUCCCACAACAUACCAAAUGCAAAUUUUAUACUCUUAAACAGUCAGAAGUUACCACAACAUUUCUUACAUGCACAAGCAAUGACUUUUGUACGAUCUCAUUAUGCUUGAUUCACAGCAGUUAGUGCUCUUGGUGGUUCACCUGGAGGGGGCACGGGGUAGAUAAUGGGCUGCAUUGAACCUUAUGUGAGGGUGGGAGAGUGGUCUCAGCAUGAAAGCACAUAAUAAUCGGGACUUGGAUUUGAUUAUCAGUCAGAAACCUGUUGCCUUAAGGCUUAUAAAGCAUGAAAUAUUGGAAUAGUUUACCCAAUCUGAGACCACAGAUUGACUCUAGAGAACAACUAGUGGCAACAGGAGAGAAGUGCAGCUUGUUUGCUAAAGACACUUUGACUGGAUUAACCCUUGGUGGCAUCACUGCAGAUCAGCCUCUUACAAGAGCUUACCAAGUACUUAGAGGUUCUGAAAUAGUGGUUAGAUGUAAAUUCCACGUCAGUUAUUACACAGCAUGGUGAGACAUGGAGUAUACACUAAGUUAAAUGGCGAUGUCUAUCUGCAUGGACAGCCAAGUUUUGUUUUCUGUAAACUCUUGGGACCAUUCAUUCCUAUGUACUGUAGUGGACAAAUAUAUACAAUACAGUUUUUUCAUUCAUGUGUACGUACAUGUGUCGGUGCAUGUAUUAUUGUUUGUGAGUGAAGUGUGUUUGAAUUGACUUGCAUGCUCAUACUGUGUGUAGGUUAUAAGAUUUAUGUAUUUAUUUGCUAAAUUGUAAUCUUGCCUUGAAGACACAUUGCAAAACUCUGCAGGCAGAAAAGUACAUGACAUUAUAUGACUAUAAUAACAUUAAGAGCAAUUUUCUUUUAUAAAAGUCUUUUUGGAUACUCGGAUAUUAAGUCCAGUUGAAUGGAUUAUUUCUGCAUUGUCAUUGAUACAAUAGCUGAGAUUGUUAGCAUGUAAUUCUAAGAGGAAAUAAGUUUAUUACACCUGCAACAUUUAUUUGGCAGUCCCUGGUUACUUGAUCAACAUUUUCUUUUGCGCCAACAUCUUUCUUUUUGUUAUUAAAGUGCCUCCUAGCACUUUGUUUAAAUAAAUAAAUACAUUUACAAUACGUACAUCAUAAUUUAGAUAUAUUUUCAUGCAAAUUAAGCUGCUUAAUUUCCAUCACUUCAUAGGCAAGUCAAUAUAUUCAGUAACAGGUUGAGAUGCUAUUAAAUAACACGGUACACUUCACGUAGAACAGAUUGCUGGGAAACAUUAGAAUGACAAAUUAAAAUGUUUAUGUAUAUACUAUACAGAAGCACAUUUUCCCUUUUUUUGUUUCAAUUCAUUAUGAUAGUGUUUUAAAUAUUGUGUACUGUUAAAAAUGAUAUCAGGAAAUUAUACAGUCUAUGGGAAAAAGGAAAGUAAUUAAUCAUUAUGGGUUGUUUCAGCCAUGUAGAGUGCAAAGAAAAUGCAGUGUAAGAAGUAUACAUAAUAUAGACCUAUAAUACAGGCAGGGCUUGACACAAACACUAUCUCUUGUGUUAGUUGUAUUUAGAAUAAUGUGGAUGUUUAGUAAAUACAAUGUUCCAUCCUGCACAUUUUUGGUGCAACCCAUUGCACAUUGCUUACCAAACUUGAACUGUUUAAAUUUGUCUUUUUCCUCUAUUUUUCUAUAAAAUACUUACAAAUUGUCAAUAAAGUCA